UGGUCUGUGCCCGAUGAGAAUCAUAGGCACCGAGAAUCCCGAGUUACAACAACAGAACACGAGCCUCACGAUCUCGUCAAUGAUCGAACGAAUGCGAUCACCAUAGGACUGAGACAUCCGGUGGCACAUACCCAUCGCCAUGUCUGCAGAUUUCCCAAGCUCGAAUCCCUUCCGGCGGAAAGCCUCUGCAACGGCAACUCCAACCCCUCAAAGCAACCCCUCCACCACCCAACAUGCCGCCUAUCAAGCAGCAGAUCCCCAGCCUGGGUCUCUCAGCCUCGAAAGUAUAGAUGUGCCGAAGAAAAUCACGAAGAAAGUCCGUGUACAAUCUCCUCCUCCGCUGUCUCCAUCGACUCCGUCCCUACCGGACUCGAACUCUACCAUUGGGGAAGAGAACUACUCCUUCUCUGCCAGACCUCCCACGCCACCGAUUCCUCAAGAUGACGACCCUUUUGACACCACCACAUCCGAUAUAUCCGAAGAUGAAGAGCUUAGCAAACCAAAUAAAGCUCCAGCAAACCCUUUCUCACGGACGUUGGAAACAAUGGAGCAUCCCCAGCGAGAUAUACCUACUAUACCCCCAACAGGUGUUUCAAGUCCGGGCCGGGCGUCAAUGGAUGUGGAAGCUUUCAAGAGACUGUUAAUGACAGGAAGUGCUGAAGUAGGAACGUCUACACCGCCGACUGCAUCUCAAGUCCAUGUUGUACAUGCAUUGGGUGAUGGAGGAAGCAGCACGGAUGCAUCAUCUGUCUCAAGGCAGUCUAUAUUUGAAGCUAUACAGGAACCCCAUCCGGAAUCACCUAGGACAUCACACGAGAUAUCAGAACCAGAAGAUGACCGACGACAGCUAAGGGGAGAGAUAUCGUAUUCAUCGGGAAGGAAGAAGCCCCCACCACCAAAUUCGAGGCAUGGUAAGCUGAUAAGAGUGGAACUACGAGAUGACACCACAUUGAGUGCUCUUCAGUCACCCCCAACACCAGGAUCCAUCACAUCACAACAUUAUUUUAGUUCGAGUCCUCGCUCGCAGACAGACCUCAACAAACCGUUACCUCCAGCACCCAAUCGUGCCAGCCAUGAUUCAGACCGGGAAUCCAUAUUCGAUAAAGAAGCCGCGGGCAAAACACCGGAGUCACCAUCACCGGAGUCAUUACAACAGAAGAAAACAGCACCAGCUCCCCCUUUGAGUCGACGGCAUAGCCAAAAAGUCCCAGAAUCCAAGCUCAAUCGCCCUGCUACCGCCAGACUAUCUCCGAAACCCGAAGAAGAAUUAUCUUCAGCUUCUUUGACACCACCCCCCAACGAGAAUACAAGACCACGAUCAAACAGUGGACGUGCACCCCCACCUCCAGCACCACCAUCUCGCCGAAUCGGUUCAGUAAGAAUGAACUCUUCAUCACAAAACUUACCAUUAUCUUCACCGUCCAGUGUAUCACUACCUUCUCCACCUCCAGCCCGAGGAACAGCUCGAUCCAUAUCAGGAGGCAAACCACCAUCUGUACAUAGUAUGGACCUCUCCACCCCAAGCAACAAACGAGCCUCGGUCAUGCCACCGCCCCCUCCACCUCCUCGACACGGCCGUACGAGUUUCGACGGCCAAUCUCCUGGUACUUCCAGGAGAACAAGUAGUGACUACCCUCGACGAAGUAUGGAUAGUGCGAGAAGAGGUUCAGCAGCAAGUUCUGUGCUACAGAUGCCAGAAGAAGUUCAAGGACCCGCUGGACAUGAUAUCCUGGCUGAUUUGAGUAAAUUGCAAGCGGAGAUUGAUGCGUUAAGGAAUCAGGCGGAAAAGGAAAGAGUUUUAUGAUAGGUUUUGUUGCAUACCUAGGAUUGAGAGGGAUGAAGAUAGAGGGGCGAAAAGAGGCUGUGAAUACGAAUAAUGUAUUUAGGGCAGACGGACAUGAUAUCAAUGGAUUGAGAUGAAUAUCCAAUACCAAAUCCUGGCUUACCGGCUGUUUUGACCAACCAUUAACGCCUCUAUUUGUAGCCGAGUGUAGAUGGAGUGCUGAAAGUAGGACCUAAACACGGCUGAGGCAAACGUGCAU